CUUCUCAUGCUGCUUCCCCUUCCUCUUUUCCCAAAUAGAUAUGUAAACACAUGUAUUUUCCUGUUUAAAUUUAGCGAAUUGGUCCUCUGCCGGUGCCUUGAUUUAGCUAUUGGGCUGAGCCUUGCUCCUCCCUUCCCUACUCGGAUAGGAGCCACUGGGAUCUGGAGCUCAAGCUUCCAAAUUGAAGCUGGCCUCAGGCCAGGUGACCUUUUCUUUGCACUGAGUCGGAACAGGAUUCUUUCACCCAGGCAUCUCCUCCACUGAGAUCCGCCAGCACAUCCAGCAGCACCAUGUGGGUGACCAAACUUCUACAAGUCCUGCUGCUGCAGCACGUCCUCCUACACCUCCUCCUGCUUCCCAUCGCCAUCCCCUAUGCAGAAGGACAGAAGAAAAGAAGAAACACACUUCAUGAAUUCAAAAAGUCAGCAAAGACCACUCUAAUUAACGAAGACCCAUUACUGAAGAUAAAAACCAAAAAAAUGAAUACUGCAGAUCAAUGUGCCAAUAGAUGUAUUAGGAAUAAAGGACUUCCAUUCACAUGCAAGGCCUUUGUUUUUGAUAAAGCAAGAAAACGAUGUCUCUGGUUCCCUUUCAAUAGCAUGUCAAGUGGAGUGAAAAAAGAAUUUGGCCAUGAAUUUGACCUCUAUGAAAACAAAGACUACAUUAGAAACUGCAUCAUUGGUAAAGGAGGUAGCUAUAAGGGAACGGUAUCUAUCACUAAAAGUGGCAUCAAAUGCCAGCCCUGGAAUUCCAUGAUACCACAUGAACACAGCUUUUUGCCUUCGAGCUAUCGGGGUAAAGACCUACAGGAAAACUACUGUCGAAAUCCUCGAGGGGAAGAAGGGGGACCCUGGUGUUUCACAAGCAAUCCAGAGGUACGCUACGAAGUCUGUGACAUUCCUCAGUGUUCAGAAGUUGAAUGCUUGACCUGCAAUGGGGAAAGUUAUCGAGGUCCCAUGGAUCAUACAGAAUCAGGCAAGAUUUGUCAGCGUUGGGAUCAUCAGACACCACACCGGCACAAAUUCUUGCCAGAAAGAUAUCCUGACAAGGGCUUUGAUGAUAAUUAUUGCCGCAAUCCUGAUGGCAAGCCGAGGCCAUGGUGCUAUACUCUUGACCCUGACACCCCCUGGGAGUAUUGUGCAAUUAAAAUGUGCGCUCACAGUACUAUGAAUGACACAGAUGUCCCUAUGGAAACAACUGAAUGCAUUCAAGGUCAAGGAGAGGGUUACCGGGGAACCAUCAAUACCAUUUGGAAUGGAAUUCCAUGUCAGCGUUGGGAUUCCCAGUAUCCUCACCAGCAUGACAUAACUCCUGAAAAUUUCAAGUGCAAGGACCUAAGAGAAAAUUAUUGCCGAAAUCCAGAUGGGGCUGAGUCACCAUGGUGUUUCACCACUGAUCCAAACAUCCGAGUUGGCUACUGCUCCCAAAUUCCAAAAUGUGACGUGUCAAGUGGACAAGAUUGUUAUCGUGGGAAUGGCAAAAAUUACAUGGGCAAUCUAUCCAAAACACGAUCUGGACUAACAUGCUCGAUGUGGGACAAGAACAUGGAAGAUUUACACCGGCAUAUCUUCUGGGAACCAGAUGCUAGUAAGCUGAAUAAGAAUUACUGCCGGAAUCCCGAUGAUGAUGCCCAUGGUCCUUGGUGUUACACAGGGAAUCCUCUUAUUCCUUGGGAUUAUUGCCCUAUUUCUCGUUGUGAAGGUGAUACCACACCUACAAUAGUCAAUUUAGACCAUCCUGUAAUAUCUUGUGCCAAAACAAAGCAACUGAGAGUUGUAAAUGGAAUUCCAACACGGACAAAUGUAGGAUGGAUGGUUAGUUUGAAAUACAGAAAUAAACAUAUCUGUGGAGGAUCAUUGAUAAAGGAAAGUUGGAUUCUUACCGCAAGACAGUGUUUCCCUUCUCGAAACAAAGACUUGAAAGAUUACGAAGCAUGGCUUGGAAUUCAUGAUGUCCAUGGAAGAGGAGAUGAGAAACGAAAACAGGUUCUAAAUGUUACUCAGCUGGUAUAUGGUCCUGAAGGAUCAGAUCUGGUAUUACUGAAGCUUGCUAGGCCUGCUGUUCUGGAUGAUUUUGUCAGUACAAUUGAUUUACCUAAUUAUGGGUGCACAAUUCCUGAAAAAACCACCUGCAGUGUUUAUGGCUGGGGCUACACUGGAUUGAUCAACUCAGACGGCCUAUUAAGAGUAGCACAUCUCUAUAUUAUGGGGAAUGAGAAAUGCAGCCAAUAUCAUCAAGGGAAGGUGACUCUGAAUGAAUCUGAAAUAUGUGCUGGGGCUGAAAAUAUUGUAUCAGGACCAUGCGAGGGAGAUUAUGGUGGCCCACUUGUUUGUGAACAACAUAAAAUGAGAAUGGUACUUGGUGUCAUUGUUCCUGGUCGUGGAUGUGCCAUUCCAAAUCGUCCUGGUAUUUUUGUCCGAGUGGCAUAUUAUGCAAAAUGGAUACACAAAAUUAUAUUAACAUAUAAGGUAUCACAGUCGUAGCUGGUGUAACAGUGUCUGAAGCUUCCAUUAACACAACUCUCUUUACAUCAAGAUUUCAGAGAACAUGUAACUUAAAAAAUCCUAAGACAACUACUUGAGUGUCAUGUUUGUUAAGAUACUCAUUAAUAUUUAUGGGUGUUUUCUGUUGUUUUGUUUGUCAGUGUUAUUUUGUAAAUGUUAAAGUGAAUUAAGGUACAUGCAAGUGUAGUAACAUAUCUCCUGAAGAUACUUGAAUGGAUUAAAAAAUGCAACGGUAUAAUUGCUGGAUGAUAAAAGAUUUAAGGGAAAAGAUCAAUUAAUAUCUCUCAGCUGCUUUCCAAGGCUAGUUUCUUAAUAAUGAAUAAACCAUAAGUUAAACAUUAUUUUAACCUCACAAAACAAUUUGUUUCUCGUGUCCUUAAAUUUUAACUCUGUAUUAAAUUAUAUUACCUUUCAUAUGCCAUACAUUAUACUUCAUUCAUUUCUCUUCACCAUGUAUCCUAUAAUACUGGUACACAUACUCUUUAUAAAAACAUAUACCCAUAUGUAAAUGCCUGGGUACAUAUGUGCAUGCACUAGAGUUCAAAGUGUGGUAUAUAUAAUGUAACUCCUAAAUAUUAUGAAAUUGUGUACUUACAGUUUUUCCUUAAGAAAAAUAUAAAAAUAUCUAAAGACCAGUAGAAAUAUUAAGAAAAGGUGCAAAAUAGAAGUGACUAGAUCAUCCUCCACUAGGAAACUGCAGGUAACCUCUGCUGGUUGGCAUCUGAGGUGUGGUCAUGAAUCACACAAUUAAAUAAAACCUAACCUAGGUAUUUACAUAUGUUUAUCAUCCUGGUUAUUUUAUAUAGUUUCUAAUUCGUAAAGCUCAAGAGGCUAAUAUGUGUAUUACUAUUAUUCCUUUCCUUCAAAUUUAGGGACACUUAUUUAUGCAAGAUAUUUUUAGAUCUUUUUUCCUAAAGUAUUUAAAAAAUUCUUAGAUAACUAUCUAAUUGACAUUUAAAAGCAUUCUGGUCUUUAAAAUUUAUUUAAAUAAGUUAACUCUAAGACUUGCUGCUGUGAUUGGCUUCUAUCUAAUCUUCUUUAAAUUAAAAGAACUAUUAAGAGGAAAAUUUCCAUGUCUCCAAAAUUUGUAAAUAGCUUUUCAGCAAAUUAUGUAUUAAAAUAUAUAUUGAACAAAGAAAUCCACAUACUUUUCUCUACCUGAAAGUCUUUUAACGUAAUAAAACUUUAUUCAAGGAAAAAAUGUAAAAGGAAGGGAAAGGAACUAGCUUGUCUAAACUCUGUAUUCAGUUAUUUUUAAAGUACUGUUAAAUUUCCUGAAUAAGGUAUUUUAUCAGAAUAUCUUCAUUGUCAUCUUACUUUACAUAGAUCUUUUCUAAUGCCAUGAGAAAUACUCAUUCAAAUUUUGUAUUCUGUAUAAUAACCAAACUAUCAUAUUUAUUAUUGUAUUAGUCAUGACUAAAGAUCAUGUAGUUUUUGUCAAAAAAUGAGAUAACGAAGACUAAUAGGAUAGGUUCUGAAUUUUCACAAAGUAUUCUUGUAUAAAAGUUCUUUAAGAAUAAUUAUUUGAAUAUUUUGAAUUCAGCAUUUCCAUUUCUCUAAUUUGUUUCUUUUGAACUCAAUUAAGACCAAGAAUCCAAAUGAUGCUCUAAAAGCUCCAUAACACACUGUUCAAUCUUUAGUGAAAUGAUUUUAAAUUUACUAAAAAACUUACUUUACAGAGUACAGGAUAGCAAAUGCAGAAAUGCUUUUCUAAAUUGUGCCAUUUUAUUUAUUUUUUUAAUAAUAAGAUAUGUGCUGGUAUCAAGAAACAGAGAAAGCCAAGAGAGAUCCCACAAGUUGCCAGUCCAUACCAGCUUAUUUGAUAGUACUUCUCUCUCCCACCAUUAUGUAUUAUGCCAUUAUAAUCAAAACACAUAAAAAUUUCAAAGGCAUAAUGUCCAAAUAUUAAAGUAUUUUUCAGAGUCUUCUUGCUAAACUGGCAAAUUUUUAUUGUCACAUAUUAAUGAUAUUUAUGAAACAUUUACUAAAUUGUAAUUCUUUUAAAUAUCCACAUUUUAAAUAUUUAUUUUAUAUAUUUUCCUCUAAAUUUCCACUGAGAGAUAGGAAUUACCUAGAUAAAAAAAUGCGUCUAAUUUUAUAGACACUUUGAACUCAGUGUUUUCCAUUGUAUUAAAGGGUAAAUACAAGACCACCAAUAAACCAUCAGACAUGUUCACAAUGCAGUUUUUUCUUUGGGCGUUUCCCUUUAAUAGGAGGAGACGAAUAGGAUUAAUAAUAGAAGAUGAACAAGACCCAUGUUUUUCAGGUGGUAUAGCAGGAAGUAAUCAUGUCUUUUUUCUUUGGUGAAAGAUACUAUUUCCUGGGCAUUCUUUUCUUAAUAAAGUACAAAAAUGAAAAAUCCAAUUUACCAAAAAUCUGUUUCAAUUUGAGUCAUGGACAAAGGGAUCUUUCAAAUUAGAAGGUUAUUUUCGUUUUGGCUGUGAUAUGCUGUUAUAAUUGUGGACGUUUUCUUAUGUCUACCAGGAACAGUAAUGUAAAAUUAAAAUAUUUGUCAUAAUGCCUCUGCUGUGCAGAAAGGAUGAUAAUCCUUUUGUAUACUUUAAUUUUAUUGUAAAAUGUGUAAUGAUUUGUACCUAUUUGCUGUAGGCAGGUCCUCAGUAAAUAAGUCAUUCUCUAGUAUUAACAAGCUCUUGCUUGCUAUCUAAGUGUUUCAAACUAUGGGAAAUGUGAGACACUGGAAGGCAAGAAAAAUAACAAUAAUGACAUGUGAUAGCAAAAUUGUAUUUCACUUAUUCCUGUGAAUAUUUCUUGUUGGUACCAAUGGUACUGUACAAAGUGAAUGUUAUAGCCACAACAUUGUCUUGGAAAAAAACACUGUCAAGAAAUAAUAAAUUGCUGUCAGCCAUUUUCUUGUUGUUUCCAAACAUUUAAAAAAAAGAAAUACUAGUUUUUCAAUAUAGGAGGGAUCAUGACCUAAAGAAUUUUAGUAAACACUCAAACAUGUAAAUUGACUUCCUGAAGUCCAAAAAAAGACUAUUUUCAAUCAAUUAUAUGCCAAAUUUACAGACAAACUCAUUGGCAAAAUUAAGUAAUUUGAAUAAGACAUAGUCUUUAGUGAAGAAAUUACUUUUCACUAUAAGAUCCAAAAAGAAUUUAUCUUUCAACAUUUAACUGAAUUUUGAAAAAAGAAUCUACUAACGCAAAAAAAUGCUAAAUCUUGACAGUGUAACUUUAAGUAGGUUCAUUUCCAUUUGCACAGAAAGUUUCUAUCUUUAGGAAACUGAAAAUGGAAUACUGUGGAUGUUAUGACUGUUUUUCUUGUGUGUAAAUAGCAAACGGAUAAGCUGCCUAUUGAGUGGUAUAGCUGGUUGCUUACCCAAGAAGGGAACACUGUGGUUAUGAUGUGUAUAAAAUUUUCUGUAGUUAAUAAAGUUGUUAUUUUUAUAACCAUGAUUAUAUUAUUAUUCUUAAUAAUAAAAUAUUUUAUAAAAA